AUGUUCGAGUGCACCCGGCCGACCGAGGUUUCUGCGAUUAAACGAAUCACUACGCCGUUGCCGUUUAGCAGUAGCAUCUCGGAGAACUUGGCAUGGGCUGCCGCUUUCAUUGACCGUGCGGGUCAUCUGACCGAGGACUAUGAACUCCUUGAGAAGCGGCUCCAUGUUGCCAUUGACACAAUCGGAAAUGAUGCGAUCGAGAUGACACUUCUGCGCCAGCAACUCCGAGAUCAGUCUCACAGGGUUGAGAGUCUCGAGUCGAAAGUGAGCGCGCAAGCCCAUGGGCAGCAAGAAUUGGAACAGCGCCUUGAAAACACCCGCAGCACGGCUACCAGGACAGAGAGAGAUCUAACCGGUAAGCUUCGCAACACCGAAAGAGCUCUUCAGCAGUCCAAGGCUGCCGAGGGUCGCCUCAAGACCAAGCUUGACAAGACACUCCUCGAAGAACACGAGAGAUGGGAACGGGAGGCUGAGCAUGAUAGAGCUGAUCAUGCGUCUCUUGAUGCUGCCUAUGAUGCACUCGAAAAGACUCAACAGGAGAAGGCUGUCUUGCAGGCAGCGCUGGACAACAACAGCCAAGAGCUGGCAGCAACGAAGCAAGAGUUGAGUGUUGCGCAACAAACCAUGGCCACUUGCAAGGCAAAUUGCGAUGAGAAGAGUUCACAAAUCAUUACUCUCACUCAACAGUUGGCCACCGCUAACAGAACCAACACCGAGCUCAGCACUAGCAUUGAUAGUGCCACAGCUGAGCUGACCUCCAAGAACCAGGAGAUUGCGGACCUCACUGAGUCUCUUGGACAGGUCAGCACUCAACUAGCGGCAGCCAACCAGACUGUUACCCAGCAGGCCAGUACCAUUGCCACACUCGAAGCCAGUUUGGCUGGUGUCCAGGAAGAAAAAGAUCAGAAACUCAAGCUCCUCGAAGACCUUCAGCAAUCCACUCAAGCAACACAGAAGGCUCUUCAGGAUAAGAUCGAUGAGCUGAGCUCGCAUGAUCUUGAAGACCACCAACGACUUGAGGCGGCCACCGAAGCCAAGAGACUUUCCGACGAGUCCAUCAAAGAUCUUCAGGCCAAGGUAGAUGCCGCCAAUGCCCAUGACGCCGAGGUCCAGGCUAGACUCCAGGCUGAGGAAGAGGCUAAACGAGCGGCGGAAGCUGAGCUUGAGCGAGUCAGGUUGCAGCUCGAAGAGGCCAACAAGCCCAAGCUUCCCAACACAGUGACUCUUUCGAACCCGAUUCCAAUUGUGGGAAGCCUGGGCGGAGCCACCAAUGACUUUGACGACAUCUUCUACCCAAUCGUUUCAUCGUUCCCUAUCACCAUCUAUGACCAUUCGUCCACCAAUGUCUUUGUGUCUAUCAAUGGUCUUAUGAGUCUUGAUACGGGUGACCGGACAUACACUCAUCAGCCUCUUCCCUUCCGCAGUGGUGGUCUUCCGGCUUACACUCUGCUCCCCUUCUGGUGUGAUCUGUUCAUCUACAAGGACACUCCUCAAGGUAUUUAUUACGAGAUUGUUGGUCAAGCUCCCUCUCGCUCCCUCUGCGUCGAGUGGUAUGUCUCUCGCUAUGGAGACAAGGACCAGUACUACCAUUUCCUGGUGCUGUUUGAAGAAGCACGACCCAACAUCGUCACCUACAAGUACUUUGAGGCUUUGGACAAGGGUGUCAAGUGUACCAUUGGUGCACAAGGACCUAACAGCGCUCAGCAAUGGUCGUACAAUGAGGCAAAGGCGCUGCCAGGUGUUCAGGUUGUUAUCGAUACGGGUUCCGGCUCGGUGACCGAGAGUACUUUCCCAAUUGCCAGCUGA